CACCACAAAAGUGGCGAUUUCACGACGAGGGAGCGCGGCCCGGUGAGCGACAGAAACCCGUAAAAGUCGCUGCGCUUUGAGGAGGAGGAUUUCGGCUCUGCCUCGCCAUGGCUCGGGACGUGAAGAGCAAACUAUCCAAAAACCUUCUCCGCAUGAAGUUCAUGCAAAGGGGCUUGGAUUCAGAGACCAAAAAGCAACUUGAGGAAGAGGAGAAGAAAAUAAUCAGCGAAGAACAUUGGUUUCUGGAUCGACCGGAACUGAAAGAAAAAGAGAGCCUCAUCAUAGAGGAAAGAAGUUUCGCGAUGUGUGAAGAUCUUUUGUAUGGCAGAAUGUCCUUCAAAGGGUUCAAUCCUGAAGUCGAGAAGUUAAUGGUCCAGAUGAACUCGAGGCACAAGACAGAAGACACUGGGGAGGAAAUGAAUGCGAAGGAAGCUGAUGUAUCGGAUGAGGAAAUGGCUAGAAGGUAUGAAACGUUAGUGGGAACCAUUGGGAAGAAAUUCCUGAAGAAAAGAGACCGCCACGUUUUGCAAGAUCCUACGGAGGUGGAAACCAAGGAGAGGAGGCCCAGCAAAAUGAGAAAAGAAUUUUUAAAACCCCAGGAUUAAUGUCGGGAUAUUGCAUGCGUUCCUGCAAGGGACAGAAAGUUAGAAUGGCAUUUAUUUUUUUUGUAAAUAGCUGACUCUCCAGGAAGGGACUGGCCCUUUCUUUUUUUUCCCCCAGUACCUAAUGGAUGUUAUACAUCCUCUCUUCCCCAUGCACGAACUUUUGAGGAGCACAAAAAAAGAUGUAAGUGGAAACCGGUAAACAGUAGGGAAAUUGUUCCUUUUUUUUAAGAAACAGAAUUCAAGACUUGGUUUUAUCUGCUUCAUCUUGGAAAAUGCGUUCCUAAGGGACAUGCGUUUUUAAUUUCUGAAGAUGUUCUCCAGGUGCCUUAGCAUUAUUUUUGUUAAGGAAAACAUGGCUUCCCCAAAGAAGAAGAAGGUAAAAGCAAGAAAGGAAAUGCACCUUUUUGCUGUAGCCUCUUUUUUUUUAUUUUUUGGAAAAAAAUCCUUUCUUUAUUGGUUCUUCUAUCUAAUGUAUCAGCCAAACCGGCCUAUUAUCACUUAGAAAUAAACAAUAAUUAUGUUCCACUG